AUGGCCAGUACAGUAGUAGCAGCUGGACUGACGGCUGCUGCUGCAGGAUUUGCAGGCCGUUAUGCAUUGCAAGCCAUGAAGUAUAUGGAGCCUCAAGUAAAACAAGUUUUUCAAAGUCUACUAAAAUCUGCCUUCAGUGGUGGCUAUUACAGAGGUGGAUUUGAACCCAAAAUGACAAAACGAGAAGCAGCAUUAAAACUAGGCAUGAGCCCUACUACCAAUAAAGGAAAAAUAAGAGAUGUGCAUCGACAAAUUAUGCUCUUUAAUCACCCAGACAAGGGAGGACCUCCUGAUAUAGUAGCCAAAAGCAAUGAAGCUAAAGAUUUGCUAGGAGGUCAAGCUAAAAAAUGA